AUGGAUUUAUUCAAAAAGAUAGCUCAGGAGUUGCAGUCGCAAUUCAAUGCCAAGAAUGUCACAAAUGUCCGCCGAGUGGCUCAGGUGCAUUUGAGCGGCGGGUUCGUGCAUUUCGCUUGCGGUCGCCGCGGAAUCUGUCGAACCUACCGGAACAGAGCCUACCUUAUGAUCUAUUUUUGGUGGGGCAACGCCCGUAUGUCGACCAAGCCGGAAAUUGACGAUUGGAUGGAGAAGACAAACGCGGGAUCCCGACUCGUUGAGAAGUUCCGCGAGGAGGUCUUCGACAAAAAGACUGGCUGGUUCGAAGACAGCCAAUACGAAACAGAAAAAUUCGACGUGGGCCUGGCUGACGAGGUGAUGCCGGCCUAUACUGUGCAACUUUGGAAAGACACGGAUUGGAGCAAAGUGUGCGAAUGGUCCACCGUAUCUGCCCCGGAACUUGGCGGGCAGAUCAGGCACUUGCAGUGGCACGACGUUCAACGGCGCCCUGUUUUUGAUGAUACCUACUGUGUCGAAUUUUCCUUCUUCUUC